ACCAUCGGGAUCAAAAUCCACAUUGUGCACAAACAAAGAUAGCUUAUUUAUUUUGCAACAAAAAAAAAAAAAAAUUCAACCUAAAUUUAUAGUGUUCUGCAGAAAUUCAUGUGCAUCCUGUAUGUGUGUGUGUGUUGUGUACAGGAUGUGUGUGUUAUUCAGUAAUAAAUGCAGAACCGCCUCACUCUAAUCAAGCUGAUUAAAAAUUCCUGCGCGCGUGCAGGCGGAAAUCCACCAUCAUCAUCCUCAUUCUCCGGCACUUUUACUUUAUUUUCGCCUCCAUCCUCCUCCAGGACAGCGGGAGGACCCGAAAUCCGUCUUCAAUCGCGUCGUUUAGGAGGUUUAGAGAUGAGGAGAAGCGGCAGGCAGCGCGGAGAGGGAGGGAUGAGCCGAUGCAACUCAUAAUUUAAUGGGGACAGAGAGAGAGAGAGAGAGAGAGAGAGAGACGAAGAGAGAGAGAGAGACACACACACACAGAAGGGAAACAGAAAGAAAAGGACCGAGCGCGAAUGUUACAAAUGUAACAAGCGGAAGAUACAAUGUAGCGCUGACGUGCGUCAGGAAUGUUCUCAUGCUCUGAUGUUCCAUUCGACGUUCGAAAGUGUAUCGCGCACUUUUAAAGCUGCUUUGGAUCCGCAUAUCGGCUCGAGAUGAGACGGCAGGUCGCCGGGGCUUCGUGCUGUUGUUUGGCCAGAUGAGAGGCGAUUCACGAGCGCUUCUGAUCCUAUAGGCUCGCGUUGUUGAAGCUCAAUGGGAUGUGUAGGGAACGCCGAUGCUUACUUUUAUUUUUUAGCGUUAUUUUGCGUACGGAACGGACGGUGGAUGUGAUGGUAAACUCUAUUGAACUCUAUAGACUUACCGGAGAUCGCAUUUAGGAUUGAUGCAUUUUUUUUUUUUUUUUUUUUUUUUUUUUUUUUAGAUUUCAUCACGUUUUUAAGUACUUUGCGCUUCGUAUAUAUGUAUUAUCCGCUGUAAUUCAUGUGAUAUUAGGCACUGGUGUGGGCGAUCUGGAAGUUUUGCAUGUUUUAGAAUAGAAUAGCUGACAUAAAACUGAAGUUUGUGCUCCUCCUGCCAAAACUUGAAGUCGCUGUUCAUCCACAGCUCUUUAUAUGCUCGUCUUAAAGUGGUGACAGCGAGCAGUGGUGCUGAGAACCAUGGAGCAUCUCAGCGAAACAUGCCUGGGGAAGGAGAACUGUGAGAUGGUCAACAGUCUGAACGACACCAAGGCCCCUCCGGCUAAACUGGCCCGUCUGGAACAGAACGGAAGCCCGCUCGGCAGGUCUCGUCUGGGCAGCACUGGAGCUAAACUCUCCGGAGUGCCCUUCAAACCCUCUGGACAUCAUCUGAAGGCCUGCCACAAGAGGGGUAACAUGCUGCCGGUGUUUUGUGUGGUGGAGCACUAUGAGAGCCCCAUCGAGUUCGACAGCAAAGAGGAACAUGCUGAGUUCGUUCUGGUCAGGAAGGACAUGCUCUUCAACCAGCUCAUCGAGAUGGCUCUGCUCUCCCUGGGCUACUCGCACAGUUCGGCUGCGCAGGCUAAAGGUCUGAUUCAGGUGGGCAAGUGGAACCCCGUGCCUCUUUCCUACGUGACGGAUGCACCCGACGCCACAGUGGCGGACAUGUUACAGGAUGUGUACCAUGUGGUCACGCUGAAAAUCCAGCUACACAGUUGUCCUAAACUGGAAGACCUUCCUCCAGAGCAGUGGACCCACUCUACAGUAAGAAAUGCGCUCAAGGAGUUACUCAAAGACAUGAACCAGAGCUCUCUGGCAAAAGAAUGUCCCUUAUCACAGAGUAUGAUUUCUUCAAUUGUUAACAGCACUUACUAUGCAAAUGUGUCUGCGGCGAAGUGUCAAGAAUUCGGACGCUGGUAUAAACAUUUCAAGAAGACAAAAGACAUGAUAGUCGUGCGCCAGCCCUCCCAGCUGGAGGGUUACCUGGGGACGUGUGUCCUCCACGACAGUCCGCGUGCCACCACGUUAGCUGAGAUGGACGGUCUGUCUGAUCUUUCUCCACCUGGAACAAACCACCUCAGCUUCAGUCAGCAGCCCAUCCCGGGCAGCACAGCCGAGCAGCCCCCGUCCCCGGUGCCCCUGUCCCACAGCAGUCAGGCCCCCGGUCGUGCCCAGCUCCCCGGCCUGCACCCCGGCCUGGUGUCCACCCCAAUAAGUCCCCAGCUGGUGAGUCAGCAGAUGGUAAUGGCUCAGAUCCUCAACCAGCAGUACGCCGUCAACCGUCUCCUGGCCCAGCAGUCCCUGAGUCAGCAGUACCUCAACCACCCGCCCGUCAACCGCGCGCUCAACAAACCGCUGGACGCGCAGGUGUCCUCCAACUCCGAGGUCUCCUCAGAGAUCUACCAGUGGGUGAGAGACGAGCUGAAGAGGGCGGGAAUCUCCCAGGCCGUGUUCGCCCGUGUGGCCUUCAACAGGACGCAGGGUCUUCUCUCAGAGAUUCUUAGAAAAGAGGAAGACCCCAAGACAGCGUCUCAGUCCCUCCUGGUCAACCUGCGAGCGAUGCAGAACUUCCUGCAGUUACCGGAAGCGGAGCGGGACCGGAUCUACCAGGACGAGAGGGAGCGCAGCUUGACCGCAGCCUCGGCUAUGGGCCCCGCGCCCCUCAUCAGCACCCCUCCCUCGCGCCCUGUACAGCCCAGAAGAGAGGAGUGUAACAAUGUGAGACCAGAAGACUGGAAUCCCAGAAUUCCAGUGGGCAUCUCUCCUGUCAAGCCCAGCCCUCUGACCUCCGAGUGGAAUGGGAAAUCCGAGAGCUGCGUGUUAAACAUCAACUCCUCCAUCUACGACGAGAUCCAGCAGGAGAUGAAGAGGGCCAAAGUGUCCCAGGCCAUGUUCGCCAAGGUCGCCGCCUCAAAGAGCCAGGGCUGGCUGUGUGAACUGCUGCGCUGGAAAGAAGACCCGUCCCCGGAGAACCGCACACUCUGGGAGAACCUUUCCAUGAUCCGCCGCUUCCUCAGUUUGUCCCAAAUGGAGCGUGAUGCUAUAUAUGAGCAGGAGAGCAACGGAGGACAGCAGCACCACACGGACAGACCGCCUCACCUGCUGCACAUGCCCACGGACCCGCUACAGACUCAUCAACAGCCUUCCUCUCAGCUCCAAGCACAGCUGCCCCUGCCGCACCCCUCGCAGCCUCCUCUAUCCCAGCAGCCCUUGCAGCAGCAACAGCAGCAGACGGGACUGCGGCUUCCCCCGCGGCAACCCUCCACGGCUUCACCCGCCGAGACCGAGGACGAGAACCGCUGCAAGAGUCGACAAGCCAACCGCAUCUCCAUGGAGGCGCUGGGCAUCCUGCAGAGCUUCAUUCAGGACGUGGGCCUGUAUCCGGACGAGGAGGCCAUCCACACGCUCUCUGCACAGCUGGACCUGCCCAAACACACCAUCAUCAAGUUCUUCCAGAACCAGCGCUUCUAUGUCAACCAUGCCGGCAAGCUGAAAGAGCCGCCCGUGGGCUUCCCCUCGAACAACAACAAGGACGAGGGCCUGACGGACUUCAAGGAGGGCGAGCUGCUGCCCGAGCUGGACGAGAGCGUGCAGACCAACAGCACCAUGUUCUCCAUUAAAAUAGAAGAGCACCUGGCGGCCGAAACGCACGCCAUGAGCCAGGCCCAAACUGAGCAGGAGGCUAAAGAGUAACGGACCUCUUUCUUUCACUUCCAAUCCUCUUCUCUUUCACUCUCGUCUGUGUUCCAUGAGUGAAAACUGUAAGACUUUUUACACAAGACUGAAUAAUACAGAGAUGAUUAACUUUCACAGUUUUGUAAAGCGUGGAUUAUUUCACUGUAAAGACUCGUGCAUCAUUUCAAUAAUCUGCACAACUAAACAAAAUGUAAAAAAGGAAAAAAAAAAAGAAAAAAAAAAUCUUAAAGGAAUAGUUCACUCCUAAAUGAAGAAUUUUGUCAAAAAUCUUACUCUGAAAACCAGUUUCUUAUGAAGUGAAUGAUGACUUGGGCUGUCAAGCUUCAAAAUCACAAAAGCAUCAUAAGUAGUUAUUAAUAGUCCAUAACGGUAUAUAUAAGAGUAUGAUUAUGUUUGCUGUAAAUACAGCUUUUAUUUUAUUUUUUAUUUUAUUUCAUUUUAUUCAUUUUAUUUGAUUUAUUUUCGUAAUGGACUCAAACCAAAAGAUCAAAUUAUUCCUAACAAAUGAAUAAGUCUGACAUAAGACUUAUUUUAUAUAUUUUUUUUAUAAUAAGUCUUAUUUUAUUUUAUUUUAUAUUUUAAUUUAUUUUAGUAAUGUAUGGAAGCUUGUUUCUGUCAUGGAAUAAAAAAAGGAUAAUUGCGACUUUUUAUCUCACAGUUCUGGCUUUUUUUCUCAGAAUUGCAUGAUAAAAUCGCAAUUGUGUGAUAUAAAGUCAGAAUUGCGAGAUAUAAAGUCUCAAUUGCAAGAAAAAGUCACAAUUGUGUGAUAUAAAGUCAGAAUUGCAAGAUAUAAAGUUGCAAUUGCAAGAAAAAGUCAAAAUUGUGAGAUAUAAGGUCGCAGUUGCAAGUUAUAAUGUCAGAAUUGAGAGAUAAAGUCGCAAUUGCGAGGAAAAAAAGUCAUAAUUGUGAGAAAAAGUCGCAAUUACCUUUUUUAUUUUAUAUUCAGUAGCGGAAACAUAGUUCAGUAUUCAUAGUAUGGAACAAGCUUCCAUAGUAAUGGACUCAAACCUUAAGAUCAGAUUAUUCCUAACAUAAGUGCAAAAACUUCAAAAUUAUUAAACAAGAAUGUUUUAAUUUAUUUUAUUUCAUGAACCUAAUGGACUCAGACCAAUAGAUCAAAUAAUCCAUAAAUCAAGUCUGACAUUCGUCAAAAAUUUGAAAUUUUUAAACACUCAAAUAACCAAAAUCAUAUAUUAUGACUUGUUCUUUUUCACUUUCAAAAAAAAAAAAAAAAAAAAUAAAUAAAUUUAACAUUUUUUUUUUUUACUGUAAAAUUAAAUUAAAUGUCUGGAUCUAUGACAGUUAUUCACAUUAUAUAGUAUGGAAACUUUGAGCUUGUGUUACGGACCCAGCUAGUAAGAGCUGUGUGAGUAAACCUCACGUCUUUAGCCUCCUUGUUAAAGGGCCCGCCUCCCAUGCCAGGGACCUGGGUUCGAGUCCCGCUUAGAGCGGGUGGUUCGAACAGAAGGGGUUACAUCCGAUCUCAUGAAAGUAAGAUAACAGUUUUCUGUUUCUAUUUGGCGUGCUAUUUAUACACAGAAAUUACCAUUUGUGUGCAUAUGAUACACACGUGUUUGACGUGCAUAAAAUACACACUUUUCAUGCGCAUAUGAUACACACUUUUGGCGUGCAUAUAAUACGCCCCUACCCCACACCACUAAUCCUACCCAUUGCAUAUCAUAUGCACGCAAAAAGUAAUUUCAGCGUAUAAACUUUAACUAAUUAACAGUUUUUACCAUAACAUUUUUACAGUCUUUUACUGUUAAAAUCACGAUAAUUUUUUACAGUGUAUGAGUAAUUUUAUAUCACGUUAAUGUGUUUUAUAUCACAACAUGGUUUUUCUGAAGUCACAUGGCCGUGUUACGACAGCCCCAGUUCUCAUUCACUUCUGUUAUGUAGAAAUAUUCUUCAAAAUUCACUUUGUGUGUCACACGGGUUUGUGAGAAGAGAAAGCGAUGUUUGCGCGAACUAUUCCUUUAAGCGAACAGUACGUUGCUGUGGAUAUUUGCCGACUGCACUCGUUGUCUGUUGUUUUUACACUGAUUUUAAACUACUGAUUUUAAAAAAAGGAAAGUCAAUGGAGUUUGAUAGACUUUGAUGUUUACGUAUGUGAUGUUAACUGGAUUUUUAAAAAAAAGAAAAUGCAUGAAAUUGGAGAAGGGGGUAGACAAAGGCCUUAACGACGAGGUCCCGAGUCGAGCACUGCUGGCUAACGAGUUUUUCUCUUGGAAAUCAAAAGGAUCGCUCAGUCUCUGGAUCCCUAUGACCUGCAGGUAAACCGGGGGAAAUCUUAUUACUAUUUGGUUUGAAGAAAUAUAAAUAUAUAAAUAUAUAUAUAUAGACAUAUAUUAAUUGUAAAAAAGUAUACAGUCUUAAAGAAACUAUGCCAACAAAUGCCUUGUACUAUAUGGCACUGCCGACGUUAGAUUAUUUUGCAAAACUUUGGUCACUGUAAAAUCCUGGAUUUCCACAGUUUCAAAUGUGAAUCACAACAUCGUCCUGCAUUAUUUAUUUCCCGCGUUUUCCGAACACUUCCGCCAUUUUGCCGCUUUUCGUUUUACUGAUCUUUUUUCUAUUUAUAAAUGUAAUUUUGAUGGGCAGUAAAAUCAGAAGUGUCUUAACGUUUUAAAUGGAAAAUGUGCUUUAACAGUUGCCUAAAAAAAGUGCUGUAUGUCAAGCAACUCAUGCUAACGAGCUUCACGAUUAAUGUUGUAUGCAAUUUUUACUAUCAUGCAAAUAAGCUUAGGUAAAUGACUAACCUAUAGACCACCUUAGAGAGAAAAACAUAUGCAAUUUGUGUGAAAUCGAUGUUUGCAAUGUGUCUUCCUUUUGGUUAAUCCAAUUCAAAGCUAUUCCUGUAUAAAUAUGAUGUAUAAAAAAGUGGUUCUUUUUUUAUGAGUUUAUUGCAAUGAGAACACCAGUUAUUUUGUUACGACUGACUGUUUUAUAAGUGUUUCUUGGUUUCUUUAUGCAGAAAUGUUCUAACUAGGAGUGGUUACUGAUUGUUAAUGACACAAUUAAACUGUUUGUAUUGUACUCCGGAAUCUUUGCGUUAAUGUGCAUUAAAAGAAUAUCCACAGCGCAGGCGAAUCAGCCGAGCGGUUCUUGUCUGUGUUUCCGCAUGUAAGGAAGAAGCUCCCGGGUGGAAGGCAGGAUGAAGUCGUAUUAGAAGCGUGUUUAAGGGUAAAUAGACGGCAGGUGUUAAGGCCCUGAUAAUGAGUUGAUCUGCGGGGAUUGGAGGUGUAAAGCUGUGAAGGUGCGUUGACUUCCCGAUGAACUCCAGGUGAAGCUCGUAUGGAAAUCUGUCUCGCCCAUAUGGAGGUAAAUCAUCAAUGACCUCUUGCUUUUCCUCGAAGCAUCACAGUGUUGUUGUUUGCAGGCGUUUUUAGGGAUGAGGGUAAGUUCUAAAUCAUACAGCACAUUUUGCUUUUUUAUUAUUAAUAAAGUCCUUUGUUUUGUCAAACUUUGUACAUGUGGCAGGAGAUGAAGGCAAGUAUGUAGAUAACUGUAAUAUAUAUGAAACAUGGAAAAUACGCAACUUUGCAGUCGUGCAGAUUGUUUUGCUGAACUACAGCACAAUCGUUUGUUGUCAAACUGACAGCAGUUCCGUUAUUAUUGCAAGUGGGAAAAUAACUUUCUUUUUCUUUUAAAGUAUGUGAAGUUUAAUAUUUUAAUGUGUACAUUAGCAGGCAUCAAAUUUCAUGAAAAUGUCAAAUAAAAGUCCUUAUACCAUG